CAAAAGGCGUUUAAACCCUCCCUCUCUCUCUCUCUCUCUCUGAGCAAAAUCCCCGCGCUUUCCUUUUCGUUUUUUGAAAAUGCUCUGCUCCCUCUCUUCCAAAACCUAGAUUUUUAGAAAACUCAAUAUCAAAAUCCAGGGUUUUAUUUUAUUUUUUCCUUUCUUGAAGAAUCCAUGGAAGCGGUCGUCGUAGAUGCCGGAUCGAAGCUCCUCAAAGCUGGAUUCGCUGUCCCCGAUCAAGAUCCUGCCAUGAUAAUUCCUACCAAAAUGAAACGCAUGCCUGAAGAUGGACAAUUGAAUGAUGAUUUGGCAUUUGAGGACAUUAGUGUGGAUCCAGUUGUGAGGGGUUUUAUUAAAGAUUGGGAUGCCAUGGAAGACUUGUUGCACCAUGUUCUAUACACUGGUCUUGGAUGGGAGAUUGGAAAUGAAGGGCAGAUUUUAUUUACAGAUCCGCUUUCAACCCCCAAGGCUGUUAGAGAGCGACUGGUGCAACUUAUGUUUGAAACAUUUAACAUCUCAGGCUUUUACGCAUCUGAACAAGCAGUACUAUCACUUUAUGCUGUAGGGCGCAUCUCGGGCUGCACUGUUGACAUUGGGCAUGGAAAGAUAGAUAUUGCGCCAGUUUGUGAAGGUGCUGUUCAGCACAUUGCCUCAAAAAGAUUUGAGAUUGGAGGUAUUGAUUUGACAAAGUUGCUCGCUCAGGAGCUUCGUAAGUCAAAUCCACUGGUGAAUAUCGACAUUUCAGAUGUUGAGAAAUUGAAAGAACAAUAUGCUUGCUGUGCGGAAGAUCAAGUCGCUUACCAGAACGCACAAAAGUCAUGCCUGGCAGAGAAGCACACUCUUCCAGAUGGACAGGUGAUAACAAUUGAAAGGGAAAAGUAUAUUGUUGGUGAGGCUUUGUUUCAACCAUCCAUAUUGGGUUUAGAGGAGCAUGGAAUUGUCGAGCAGCUUGUCCGUAGUAUCUCAACUGUGUCAACUGAGAAUCACAGGCAACUGCUAGAAAACACCGUACUUUGUGGUGGUACUGCAUCUAUGAUUGGUUUUGAAGAACGGUUCCAGAGAGAAGCUAAUUUGUGCUCAUCAUCUAUUCGUCCUGCUCUCGUAAAGCCUCCAGAAUACAUGCCUGAGAAUCUGCCAAGGAAUUCUGCUUGGAUGGGAGGCGCCAUAUUGGCCAAGGUUGUCUUCCCUCAGAACCAGCAUGUUACCAAGGCCGAGUACGAUGAGAGCGGGCCUGCUGUUGUUCACAAGAAAUGCUUCUAGAACCCCUCCUGACUAGAUUUUGAGUGGAUAACUGGACUGUGCCUCAAUUUUAUUUUUAUUUUUCCUUUUUAAUGUUGUGAAAGUAACUGUCUUCUGCCGGUACCGUGCAUGUAUAUACAUUCCCUAGUGGAAACUAGGUACUGUAAUCUGAAGAGUCGUCUCCACUUGAAAUGGAAAAGAGAAUUUUCUUUUC